ACAGUAAUAAUCAUCUUUCAACAGGUACUACAAAUCAAACUGGCAGUAAUGAUACAAACAAUAAUGGAGGAACAACAAUGGUAAUUGGUCAAGGUCUAGGAGGACAAAUACACACAACACCAACUUUAGGAAUUAAUGGUAUUCUUACACCAUCACUUGGUUUUCUAUCUCAAUCAUCUCAACAACAUUUACCUUAUACAAAUUCUAAUUCAAAUUUACUACGGACAUGUGAUCCAAAUACAAUAUUUCGUUAUUCUGCUCGUCGUAAUAAAGAUGAUUUACAUUAUUCACCUUAUUCUCUGUCACCAUUAUCACCCGCAUCCAUUCGUCUUUUACGUUCACCACGUAAACAAUUACGAAAAAUUCCUAAAACUCCAUUUAAAGUUCUUGAUGCACCUGAACUUCAAGAUGAUUUUUAUUUAAAUUUAGUUGAUUGGUCAUCAACAAAUAUUUUAGCUGUAGGACUUAAUGCAUCUGUUUAUUUAUGGAAUGCCAAUACAAGUAAUGUAACACGAUUAUGUGAUUUACAAACUGAAUCAGAUACAGUAACAAGUGUAGCUUGGAGUGAUCGUGGACAAUAUGUUGCAGUUGGAACUCAUAAAGGCAUUGUACAAAUUUGGGAUGUAGCAACGAAUCGUAAAACGGUUUCAUUUCCUCGUCAUACGGCACGUGUUGGUGCAUUAGCUUGGAAUGAUUUAUGUAUAUAUUCAGGUUCACGUGAUCGAUUUAUUUUACAAAAUGAUACACGUUCAAAUAAACAAGAACGUAAAUUAGCUGGACAUAGACAAGAAGUAUGUGGAUUAAAAUGGUCACCUGAUAGACAAUUAUUAGCAAGUGGAGGAAAUGAUAAUCGUUUAUUAGUAUGGAAUCAAUCAUGUUCAAAUCCAAUUCAAGUUUAUACAGAUCAUACAGCAGCUGUUAAAGCUAUUGCAUGGAGUCCACAUCAACAAGGUCUUUUAGCUAGUGGUGGAGGUACAGCUGAUCGACAUAUUCGAUUUUGGAAUACAUUAACAGCACAAAAUCUACAAUCUAUUGAUACUGGAUCUCAAGUAUGUAAUUUAGCUUGGUCAAAACAUACGAAUGAACUUGUAUCAACGCAUGGUUAUUCUCAACAUCAAAUCGUUGUUUGGAAAUAUCCAUCAAUGUUACAAUUAGCUCGUUUAACUGGACAUACAUUUCGUGUAUUAUAUUUAGCUGUAUCACCAGAUGGUGAAUCAAUAGUGACAGGCGCAGGAGAUGAAACACUUAGAUUUUGGAAUGUAUUUACAAAAUGUCGUGCCAAUAAAGAAUCCGACAGUGUACUUAAUUUAUUUAACAAAAUUCGAUAA